UCUUCUCUUUCAAAGUCCUAUCAUCAAAACUCUCUCCUUUUAUAUAGCCGAGUCCAUUGCACCGUUUCGAAGACUUCACUCUCUCUCUCUCUCUUCUCCUCUCUUCUCUCUUCUUCUCUCUCUGUUAUAGCUCUUCUUGAUUUAUGGCCAAGGGAGGUGGACUCUCCAUUGAUGAUCCAGAUCCAGUCGGCUUCUUCCUCCACCACCACCCUCCCACGGUCAUCAACUCCCUCUCCGAACACCACCACCACCACCACCACAACAAGCGCAAGCUGCUUCCUUCAUCCUCCUCCAUGGACCAUCAUCCUCACCAUCACCAGCAUGUUCACGCCGCCACAGUCAACGUGUCCGCAGCCCCUCCCGCCACCAUCCAGUUCCCUCUCAACCUCAUGUCUCGCCGGGACUCUUCUCCGCCGCCGCCGCCGCCGCCGCCGGCAGCGGACGAGAGGCGGGCGGUCAUCGACGAGAUGGACUUCUUCUCCAUCAAGAACAACAGCGAAGCCGCUGCCAAGAACGUCAUCUCGUCGUCUGAUGACGGUGUCGCUCGAAAGGACAUGACCGACGGACCCACCAAUCUUGAUUUCAAUGUAAACACUGGUCUGAAUCUUCUGACGACGAAUACUAGCAGCGAUCAAUCCAUGGUGGAUGAUGGGAUAUCACCAAACUCAGAAGAUAAAAGAGCUAAGAAUGAGCUAGCCGUUCUUCAAGCCGAGGUUGAGCGGAUGAGCAAUGAAAAUCAACGGUUGAAGGACAUGCUAAGCCAAGUGACCACCAAUUACAGUGCUCUACAGAUGCAUCUGCUUGCAGUGAUGCAGGAUCAGAAACCCGAGAACUCCUCCGAUGAAAACAGGAAAUCGGACGAGAAGAAAGAAAACAGCAUGCUGAUGGUGCCUAGGCAGUUCAUGGAUCUUGGGCUCGCCACAGCGAAUAACUCAGACUCGCCUUCUUCAUCAGAAGGAGGGACUCGUGAUCGGACGGGGUCGCCGGUGAAUAACAACAGAGAGCCUGCUGAAGUCGGCAUGGGGUUGGAUCCAGAUAAGAAGGAAUCCGCGAGUGGGAGGCACAAGAGAGAAGAGAGUCCAGAUCAAGAAUCUCUUCCCAUCAAGGUCCCCAGAUCAAUCAGCCCGUCAAAGAGCGUUGAUCAGACAGAGGCCACGAUGAGGAAGGCGCGCGUCUCGGUCAGGGCUCAUUCCGAGGCUCCCAUGAUCACUGAUGGAUGUCAAUGGCGGAAGUACGGGCAGAAGAUGGCGAAAGGGAAUCCAUGCCCACGAGCCUACUAUCGAUGCACCAUGGCUGCCGGUUGCCCGGUCCGGAAACAAGUACAAAGAUGUGCAGAGGAUCGGUCCGUGCUCAUCACCACAUAUGAGGGCAAUCACAACCACCCAUUACCUCCCGCCGCCAUGGCAAUGGCCGCGACAACCUCCUCAGCGGCUCGGAUGUUGCUGUCCGGGUCAAUGCCAAGCGGCGAAGGGCUGAUGAACACCAAUUUUCUCACCAGAACACUCCUUCCAUGCUCUUCCAGCAUGGCAACUAUAUCAGCUUCAGCCCCAUUCCCUACUGUUACACUGGACUUAACUCAAAACCCCAACACAUUACAGUCUCAGGCUUCACCGGGCCAAUUCCAGGUCCCAUUCCCGAACCCAGGCUCGAGCUUGCCCAACCAUUCGGCUGCUUUGCUACCUCAGAUCUUUGGCCAGGCUCUGUACAAUCAGUCCAAGUUCUCUGGCCUUCAAAUGUCUCAGGAUGCAAAGGCAUGCCGAUUGGAAGGCCAACCCCAAUUGCCACAGCCACCAGGUCAAGGCCAGCCGAAUAGCAUCUUCACCACCGACACGCUAAGUGCGGCCACUGCCGCCAUCGCAACCAAUCCAAAUUUCACCGCUGCCCUAGCUGCAGCGAUCUCCUCCAUAAUGGGCGGCUCGAAUCCAAGCGGGAGCAGCGGCAUGUCGAGCCUCGUGCCAUCUGGCGCAAAUAACCGAAGCAAUAGCAGCAGCAAUAACUGUAGCAAUGACAACAAAAUCAGCAGUUGAAGUCUUCCACCAAGCAAUCAAAUAAAGAAGUCAAGAAAACUCCAGUAUUUCUUCUCUCCUAGAGAGGAAGUUCUUUCAUUCUCUUUGUUUUUCAAUUAUUGCAACUACAACUACUCUUUUCAUUGGCCUUUUGUUUUGGGGGAUGUAGAGGAUAAAAAAAAAAAACUAAGGUAUACAUGGUCUUCUUUUAGGGUUUUCUUGGGGUGGAAGGGAAAUGGGAAGUGAACAUAGCAUUACUAUUCUUUCUUUAUUAAAUAAUUUGUGGGUCAUCAUAAUUCAAGUGCAUGUCACUAUAUAAAGCCAAACAAAAGAAAAAAAAAUAAGAAGAUGAUAGAGAAAAGUACAAAAUACAGAAGAAUGAAAGUUUUGUUCUUCUUUGUUUUAAUUGUGUUUUUGUAUGUAUAAGGAAAUCAAUGGAAGGUACCUCUUUUGUUA